UCGUUGUUGUCUUUGCAAGUCAUGACAUGAACAACAUAUCGUUGGCGUAGAAGUUGGAGAACAUCGACAUGACUGAUGAUGGACGUGAUUGCGAUCCCUGUCGUGGCCACUUAACCAUUGUCGACCUCAUGCACUAAACCACGUCAUUUCUCCACUUGAGGGAGACAUCUCUUCUCCAUUUUUGUCCCGGCUCAGUUUGACUUUUCUUGUACACAAUCAUGUCGUCCACUCAACAGAUUGUCGAAUCCUAUGACAUCUAUCACGGUCUUCCCACCUUCAAGGAAGAAGGCCUGACCGCUAUUGUCACAGGAGCAAACGGUGUUUCUGGAACCUACAUGCUCAAAGUACUUGGUCGACAACCGCAACGCUGGAAGAAGAUUUAUGCAUUGUCUCGACGCCCACCUUCUGGAGAUCUACCCGAGAACGUCGAGCAUAUUCCUUGCGACUUCUUGAGCUCUCCCGAAGACAUUGCUUCAACUCUAAGAGACAAGGGCGUAAAGGGAGAUUAUGCUUUCUUCUUUGCAUACAUCCAACCUGCACCAAAAGAAGGCCAGGGGAUUUGGGGAAACGUGGAUGAGUUGGUUUCCAUCAACAAGGCUCUUCUAUCGAACUUCCUUGAAGCCUUGACAAUCUCGAAAAACAUACCCAAGGCCGUCCUGUUACAAUUGGGCGCAAAGUACUAUGGUGUACAUCUCGGACCCGGUACCCCUCCAUACGAGGAAACAAAGUCUAGAGUGGAGCUAGAACCAAACUUUUACUAUCCACAAGAAGACUACCUCAAAGCGUGGGCAAAAGCGAACAAGUCCAACUGGAUCACCACAAGACCUUCGCAUAUUCCUGGCGCGGUACCCGAUAAUGCGAUGAAUCUAGUCUUACCAUUGGCCGUCUACGCAACCGUCCAGAAACAUCUCAAUCAACCACUUGAGUUUCCGUCUGAUCUCAAAGCUUGGGAGACGACUGUAUCAAUCUCGUCGGCGCAGAUGAAUGCAUAUCUCUCCGAGUGGGCUGUUUUGACGCCCUCUGCUAUGGACCAGUCUUUCAACGCAUGUGACGAUAGUGCUUUCACCUGGGCGCAACUGUGGCCUCGUUUGGCCGCACGCUUUGGGAUAGCUUGGACAGGCCCUGAUCUUGAGGCCCAAUUCCAAGAGAUCAAAAUGCCUCACGAACCUCCACCAAGAGGCUGGGGCCCCACUGCAUCGUUACGUUAUAAAUUCACCCUUGUUGACUGGGCUAAAAAGCCUGAGAUUCAACAGGCCUGGCAGGAGAUCGCUCAGGCCAACGACUUGAAGUUGAAGGAGUUCACGGAUAUCGACCGUGUGUUUGGAUUUACUGACGGAGCGUUGGGUUGGUCUUUCCCAUUGCAUUAUAGCAUGACCAAGACCAAAGAACUUGGAUACUUUGGCUAUGUGGAUUCGACCAAGUCAAUCAUCAGGACUGUCGAAGAGUUUGCAGAUUUGGGUAUGAUCCCGAAGUUGUCGUAGGGCGGGAACAUGGAUGCUGGAAAGCACGAGAUUGUUGAUAUGGGAUGGAUGUAAUGAGAGCUUGGAAUCAGUGUGAUCAUCUUUCUUUGUCCGCUGAACUUGGAUAGGAGGUCAAAUGACCAGUGGACCCGGCUGUAGGUUUCGGCGAGCAC